GAAAUGCCAAGCAAUGUUGAAAUGCUUGAUUACGUGAUUUGUGUAUAUAUUUCAAAGGAAUUUGUAAGCCUGUCUUACUUUCCUUAGCCUUCAGCAUGGGUAUGAUUGCGUAUCUCGGACUUCUGCUAGCAGCUUCGUUCUGCGAUGGAUUCUUGUUCGGACAUAAAACACAUCCCUGGGACGGCCUUAAAGUAACAUGGGGGUUGAAUCCAUUCAACAGCUUUAACAACAUGCCGAGGACAGAGACGGAAGCUAAAACCGCGGGCUUUACACUGAUAUCUGGAUGUGGACAGUCCCCCUUCCUUGGAAAAAGAUACAUGAAAGACAAUGACCCAGCAGUCAUUCUUAUCUAUGACGUCAACGGUUACAUCGCAGGAAUCCAGGCCGGAGUACAAACAGGACUCAGCAAUGGAUACCCUUCUUCAAAAUUGCAAAAUCAUCCAUUUGUGAAAGAUGGUGACAAGCAUUACAUAACAGCUUACUUUGUAAAUCCAGCUUCAAUAUGUACACAUGGACGCACUGCCGGUCAAUUUGGCGCUCAGGGUACAGGGACAGAUCUCUAUCUACAGAAUGGGACGGACCCAAUGGCCUCUAUCAGAAUUCCCCACCAGGAGUCCGACAUAGGAUCGACGCGAUGGGUGAAAGGUCAUUGCUUUUCCGCCAUGGGAGUUCACUAUUGGUACGACAUCUCCCUUGAUAUGUCAUGUGAUCGCCUGUACCCGGUAUUCCUCCUGUACAAUGGUGGGGUCUUAAAUGCAUUUGGAUGGGCAUUUAAAGCAGAACUUUCGUCAUCGCGAUAUGAACAUCCCAGCCAAGCAACAUUCAGCGCUUUCAUGAACCCAGUGCCAAACUGUCUUUACCAUUCUGGGAAACUGUCGACACUACACAUAUACCUGAACGGAAGUCCACAGACCAAUCUGCUUUGUGAUUGAGCGUAUCUGUGAUUAAAUAUCUUAAUGUAGAUAAUAUUGCAUCCUCCGCCAAAAAUUAGAACCACUUAGCCUUAUGUAGUAUACGAAAACAAAUAAAAUAGAAUGUGUA